CAUAGCAGCAGCUCCGCGGCGGGGUGUGUGAGUGUGUGUUAUUUAUUACUGGAGCUCCGGAUGAUCAGCGGGAUGCUGCGGGGGUCUGUAGCCGGGCUGCUGCUGCUCUGCGCGGGCAGCGCGGUGCUCGGGGGGCCGCAGGCGGGCAGAGGCGAGGAGCAGCAGCAGCAGGUCGCCCUGGACACGGCGUUCCUGGAGGCGACCCAGUACUCCGGCCUGCAGGAGGGCUGUACUGAGAACAGUCGGUUCUACCGGGCGAAUGAACAGUGGGAAAGACCGUAUAUGGGCAGUACUUUACUCUGUACCUGUCGAGGAUCAGCCGGAGUCACCUGCGAAUCCAAACCAGCAGUGGAGGAGACCUGCUACGAUAAAGUGAACAUGAGGUCGUAUCGCGUUGGCGAGACGUACGAGAGACCUAAAGACGGUAUGAUCUGGGACUGUACCUGUAUCGGCUCUGGCAAGGGCAAAAUCAGCUGCACCAUCGCCAAUCGCUGCCACGAGGGCGGGCGCUCCUACAGGAUUGGUGAGAAGUGGACCCGCCCCCACGACACCGGCGACUACAUGCUGGAGUGCGUCUGUUUGGGCAACGGCAAAGGGGAGUGGACCUGCAAACCCGUGGCGGAGCGAUGCUACGAUUCCUCGGUGGGCUCCUCGUAUGUGGUGGGUCAGACGUGGGAGAAGCCGUAUCAGGGCUGGAUGAUUGUGGACUGCACGUGUUUGGGAGAAGGAAACGGACGCAUCACCUGCACCUCCAGAAAUCGCUGUAAUGAUCAGGACACCAGGAAGUCGUACCGUAUCGGCGAGACCUGGAGUAAAGUGGACACUAAUGGGCACAGACUGCAGUGCCUGUGUACGGGUAACGGCCGGGGGGAGUGGAAGUGUGAGAGACACUCGUCUACACACACUGCGCUGGGUCCUGGAACAGGUACGGAGCUGGUGGCUCGGGUCAGACCCGUCACUCAUCAGGUGGACGUGGUGAAUCAGCUGGUGGAGGAGGAGGGAUCGUGCCGGGUGGCCUCCGAGGUGAUCUACUCUAACGGCAUGAGCUGGGUCCAGACUCAGGGCAGCCAGCAGAGGAUCUGCACCUGCGUUAACGGAGGAAUCAGCUGCGAGGAUUGGGAUGGUCAGUCUUCUCAGGUAUAUGGUGGGAACUCUAAUGGUCAGCCGUGUGUGUUCCCCUUCGUGUUUGAGGGAAAGACUCAUUAUUCCUGCAUCUCUGAAGGACGAACCGACGGGCAGCUCUGGUGCAGCACCACCUCCGACUACGACUCAGACGGACAGUACUCCUUCUGUACCCAGAGGAACUUGAUGGUGACGACCCGCGGAGGGAACUCCAAUGGCGCCAUGUGCAAAUUCCCCUUCAUCUACAACGGACGCAACUACACCGACUGCACCGCCGACGGACGCCGCGACGGCAUGAAGUGGUGCGGCACCACCACCAACUACGACGACGAGCAGCGCUUCGGCUUCUGCCCCAUGGCUGCUCAUGAAGAAAUCUGCACAGCUAAUGAUGUGAUGUAUCGUCUGGGUGACCAAUGGGACAAGCGCCACGACACCAUGGGCCACUUGAUGCGCUGCACGUGUUUGGGAAAUGGGCGUGGCGAGUGGAGUUGCAUUGCCUACUCUCAACUACGAGAUCAGUGCAUCGUAGACGGCCACACGUACGAGGUGAACCAGAACUUCGAUAAGCGCCACACUGAGGGCUACAUGAUGAACUGCACCUGCUUCGGUCAGGGCCGAGGACGCUGGAAAUGCGACGCCAUCGAUCAGUGCCAGGAACCCGAGUCCAAGGCGUUCUACCAGAUUGGAGAAGCGUGGGAUAAGGUGAUCCAAGGAAUCCGGUACCGAUGCUACUGCCACGGGAACGGCAUCGGAGAACAGGCCUGCGAACCCCUGCUGUCCUCCGUUCCAGUCCGGGUGAUCAUCACUGAGACAGGAAACAAGCCCAAUUCUCAUCCCAUCCAGUGGAAUCCACCUUCAUCAGCCCACAUCACCGAGUACAUCCUCAAAUGGAGAGUGAAAAACACCAGAACCCCGUGGAAGCAGGCGGUUAUUCCAGGCCACAUCAACUUCUACACCAUCUCAGGCCUGAAGUCCGGUCUGACCUACGAAGGUCAGCUCGUCUCCAUCCUCCACUCUGGACGCCGCGAGACAACCAGAUUCGACUUCACCACCUCCCACGGCUCCUUGAUUCCCACUGAGGGCAUCACGACUCCGCCUCCCCCGGUGUUGGACACGUCGGAGUCGGUGACGGAGAUCACCUCCAGCAGCUUCGUUAUCUCCUGGGUUUCUGCGUCCGACACCAUCUCCGGCUUCAGGGUGGAGUACGAGCUCUCAGAGGAGGGAGCCCAACCCAGUGUGAUUGACCUCCCCCGCACUGCCACCUCCGUCAACAUCGAGAACCUCCUGCCCGGACGCAGAUACAACGUACAGGUGUUCGAAGUUCAGCCAGGGGGCGACACUAACAUCAUCCUACACACCACGCAGACCACUGCUCCUGACGCUCCUACAGACCACAGGGUUACAGGUGUUGAAGAGACGUCCAUCGUGAUCUCCUGGACCCGACCACAAGCUCCCAUCACAGGGUACCGGGUGGUCUACACCCCGUCUGAGGAGGGCAGCAGCACCGAGCUCAUCCUGCCCGAGUCCGUCACCACCGUCACCCUGGUGGACCUCCAGCCCGGAUCCCAGUACAACGUCAGCAUCUACGCCGUGGAGGACAACCAGGAGAGCGUACCGGUGGUGCUGCAGGUCAACACCGCUGGAGAACCACAGCCUGAAGAGACCCCCGCCCCGACGGACCUGCAGUUCUACGAGGUGACCGACACCAAGAUCACCAUCACCUGGAACGGCCCCCCGAGCGAGGUGUCCGGCUACAGAGUGACCUUUGAACCCGUAACCCCCGACGACAGACCCCAGAAGGCACUCCAGCUUCCCGUCACUCCCAACGCCUACGCCGAGAUCACCCACCUGCAGCCAGGAACGCUGUACCGCUUCCACAUCUACGCCGUACACGGAGGAAGCGAGAGCCAGCCGCUGGUGGGGGACAGGAGAACCAAACCUGACUCUCCGUCAGAGCUACGCUUCUCCGACAUCACGGAGAACAGCGCCCUGGUCAUGUGGUCUGCUCCACAAGCUCAGGUCACAGGCUACAGUCUGUUCAUCACCACAGACGGCUCCGCCCACAAACACUUGAGGAUCCCCUCCCACGAGACCCAGUACACCGUCAGCAACCUGCAGCCGGACACCGACUACAUCGUGGUCCUGCACUCGGAACAGGGCAGCACCCUCAGCGAGGGCAUCCGGGGCACUUUCACCACCACUCCUCUACUGGGCAGAGCUCCACCCUUCUCCACGGACGUCACCGACACCUCCAUCAUCAUUUCCUGGUCUCCAGUUCCUCGCAUUAGUUAUAAAUUGUCUGUAAGGCCCAGUCAGGGAGGUGAGGCACCCAGAGAAGUGACCUCCGGCUCUGGCAGCAUCUACAUCUCCGGUCUCACACCAGGAGUGGAAUACACCUACAGCGUCCAGCCAAUCAUCAACGGCCGCAAGCAGGGCAACCCCAUCACUCGAACCGCCGUCACGCCUCUGUCUCCUCCCACUGACCUGAACGUGGCCUCCAACCCCGACACCGGCGAGCUCAACGUCAGGUGGCGCGACGCUCAAAUUCCCGAUAUCAGCGGGUACAGAGUGACGUGUGCGCCCACUAAUGGUCAGCGGGGGAACUCUCUGGAGGAGUUCAUCAGGGCGGGGCAGACGUCCUGCACUCUGGAGAACCUGAGUCCCGGAGUGGAGUACAACGUCAGCGUCUACACCGUCAAAAACCACAUCGAGAGCGAGCCCAUCUCCACCACCGUCACACAGGACAUACCAAAGGUGCGAUACCUCGGCCUCGCCAACGUGAGCGACACCACCAUCGGGAUCCGCUGGACCGGGCCGAACCACACGGCCGUUACUGGGUACCGCGUCACGGUGGCGGCGGCCGGCGAGAGUUUACCUAUCCUGGAGGACUCGGUGGACUCGGCCGCCAGAUAUUAUACGGUGCGCGGGCUGGAGCCGGGCAUCGAUUACCACAUCAGCAUCACCGCGGUAACCGAGGAAACCGAGAGCGAACCCACCACCAUCACCCAGCAGACCCAGACCGCCAUCCCGUCUCCCACCAACCUGAACUUCGGAGAAGUGGGACCCGACUCCAUGAGGGUGUCCUGGACACGCCCCUCAGUCCAGCCAACCGAGAUCAGCCGAUUCGUGAUCCGCUACCACCCAUCCAAUAACGACGACGACAGUCACGAGGUCAACGUGGGCGGAGCCACCAGCACCUUCCUGUUGCAAAAUCUCCUGCCGGUGACGGAGUACCUGGUGAGCGUGGUUUCCGUGUACGGCGAGAGAGAGAGCUCACCAAUCUCCGGCAGACAGACAACAACUCUGGACUCUCCCACCGGUCUGGACUUCUCUGAAGUUUUCACCAACUCCUUCACCGUGCACUGGAUCGCCCCGCGCGCCAUCAUCACCGGCUACCGCCUGCGCUACCAGCCCACCACCGGGGGGCGCUAUAAGGACGAGCGACUGCCCCCCACCCGUACCUACUACACCCUGACCAGCCUGACCCCCGAGACCGAGUACAGCGUCCAGAUCUACGCCCUCAGCGGCAGCAAAGAGAGCCAGCCGCUCACCGGCACUCAGGCCACCAUCUCAGACGCUCCUACCGACCUGGAAGUGACAUCAUCAACCCCGAACAGCAUCACUAUUUCCUGGGAAGCACCUUCUAUCCCUGUCCGUUAUUACAGGAUCACACACGGAGAAACAGGAGAGAGCGGCCCACCCAAAGAGUUCACCGUGCGAGGCACCGAGUCCACGGCCACCAUCCCCGGCCUCCGCCCAGGAACCGACUACACCAUCACCGUGUACGCCGUCACCGGACGAGGAGAUAGCCCCGCCUCCAGCACCCCCACCAUCAUCACACACCGCACCGGCACUGACAGAGCUCCAUCCCCCUCAGAUCUGGAUGUGACGAAUAUCGAGGAUAACUCCAUGACGGUGCGCUGGAGUCCUGCUAAAGGCCCCAUAACCGGAUACAGGGUCACAGGAGCCCCCAAAGAGGGAGUGGGACCCACCUUCACCAAGGUGGUCGGCCCAGAUCAGACGCAGUUGAAGGUGACAGGUCUGCAGCCGACUGUAGAGUACGUGCUGAGCGUUUACGCUAUCGGACCAGACGGAGAGAGCCCCCUGGGGGUGGAGAGAGGAACUACGAGUGAGGUGCAGAUUCCCACAGCCGUGGACCGUCCCACCGACCUGAGCUUCAGAGACGUGGACAGCACCUCCCUGAGGGUGACCUGGACCCCCCCGCGGGGUCCCGUCACCUCCUACCGCGUCCUGUACUCCAGCCCGGAGGAGGGCGAGCGGGAGUGGCGUCCCGCGCCUCGCGGUCAGGACGACAGCGUGCUGCUCCGCGGCCUCCGCCCUGGAACCCAGUACACCGUCAAAGUCCUGCCCAUUAACGGAGCCACGCCCGGAACCAUGCUGAGAGGAGCCCAGGCCACCACUGUCCCUGCCCCCACCAACAUCCAGUUUGGUGAAGUUGGCCCCUCCUCCUUCAUCGUGUUGUGGACUCCGCCCAGUGCCAGGCUUAGCGGGUACCGUGUGCUGAUCACCCCCAAGAACAACAUUGCCGCGCCCAAACAGAUGAACGUGGCCCCGGACUCCACGCAAGUGACCGUACCCGGACUCCUGGUGUCAACCCUGUACGAGGUUCACGUCUACGCCCUGAAGGAUUCCCUCAGCAGCCGACCCCUGAUCGGAGAGGUCACCACGGCUGAAGAUAUUAGCCCUCCGCGCCGCGUCCGCAUCUCAGACGUUAAGGACACCAGCAUCACGCUCGUCUGGCGAACCAAGAUGGGCGAACCAAUGACAGGAUUCCUCAUUGAGGCCACGCCAACCUCUGGCAGUUAUCCAACUGUAAGGAAGGUGAUUCCAGAAGACGCCCGCGCCAUUACCAUCACAGGUCUCCAGCCUGGUGUUUCCUACUUGAUCAGCCUCUAUACCCUGAAUGGAGACAGCCGCAGUUCACCAUUCACCCUCACCGUCACCACAGCUCGUGCCGCCGUCCAGUCACCCACAAACCUGCAGUUCACCUCUCUGACCCCCAACUCCAUCUCCUUCGCCUGGCAGCCCCCCACCACACAGGUUACAGGAUAUUUCGUCACCUACGAGGAGGCGGGCGGAGCCCCAAAGGACCUCACGCCACGCCCACAUGCUGGAGCAAACUACGCCACCAUCACGGGUUUGAGACCGUCCACUGAGUACAUCAUUAAGAUCGUAGCUCUGCAGAACGCCCAGAGGAGCCCCCCGCUGGUGGGCAAGGCCAGAACCCAGGAUUCCUCGUUGCUUCUGCCAACCCCCCCACGCCGCGGCCCUGGCCACGACCGCCUGGACGUCCCCGAGGUGGACAUCGACGACAACACUGUGCACAUGCCGGGUCCCACCGCCUGGCCGGGGCAGCCUGAGCGCGGGCAGCAUGUGGAGUACACAGAGUAUAAUAACCAGCCCGGCACCCCAACCCACGGGGGCUACCAGCCCGUCCGGCCCCGCCCCAGCCUGGUGUACGUCCCCCAGGCGGGGCCGGACGGGGCGAGGGUCCCCGUGGUGGUGCAGGUGAGUGAGAGGCCCGGCCACGGUCUGCCUUUCCAUUUUCCAGGAAACAAGUCCGGCAUUCCGCAGGAAGCCCAGACCCAGACCACCGUCACCUGGCAACCCUACCAGCAAAGCUCCGCCUACCUGGUGUCCUGCCACCCAAUCACGCACCGGGACGAGAAAAUGUUCCAGAUGCGUCUUCCCUCAACCUCCACCAGCGCCACACUGAUCGGCCUCACCUCUGGAGCGUCGUACAACGUUAUCGUAGAAGCCCUGAAGGGGGCGCUGAAGCACAAAAUCCUGGAGGAGAUCAUCACUGCAGGAAACACAGUCCAAGAGGGAAGCUCCCCCAGCAGCGACGCCUGCUACGACACUUUCACGGCUACCUACCACAACGUUGGAGAAGAGUGGGAGCGAAUGUCCGAGACUGGGUUCAAGCUCUGGUGCAGAUGCCUCGGCCUGGGAAGCGGCCACUUCCGAUGCGACUCGUCCAAAUGGUGCCACGACAGCGGCAACAACUACCGCAUCGGUGAGAAGUGGGACCGGCAGGCGGAAAACGGUCACAUGAUGAGCUGCACCUGCCUCGGCAACGGCAAGGGAGAGUUCAAAUGCGAGCCACAUGCGUCCACGUGUUACGAUGAUGGAAAGAUGUACCAGGUUGGGAACCAGUGGCAGAAGGAGUACCUGGGGGCCAUCUGUACCUGUACCUGCUACGGAGGACAACAGGGUUGGCGCUGUGAGAACUGCAGGAGGCCGGGAGCUGAGAUUGAUGCUGGUUUGCUGAAGCCGGUCAGUUCAGACGUCUACAACCGCUAUCGUGAGGGCACCCUGCGGAAAGUGAACAUCCAGUGUCCAAUCGAGUGCCUCCGACCAGAUCUCCUCGCCGACGCCGUGGCCAAUCCCAACACCAGGGAGUGAUCGCCCACCCAGUGCCCUUCUACUGCAACCAACCCUCAUUAUAAACCCCGCCCACCUCCGUUAAACCCCGCCCACCUAAGGGUGGGUCUACCUGAGAGUGUACUAACCCCCAUCCCCACCCCCCCUAUAGUGCCUUAAAGCCUUCCUACUGUUUACCAUAUUCACCAGCGCCGUCCUACUGCUGCUUCUCAGCCAAUCAGUGAGCUGAUAUUUAAGCCCCUCCCAUAUAUAAUAACAGUUCAAAUUGAGUGGCAUCAUCGAAGCGAACGAUUGGCUGUCAAAAUAUAGUAUUAUUCCUGUUUUUUUUCUUUAAAAACAACAGAAACAACCUAGGCCUGUCAGGAUAACUAUUAACUAUUAAUUAUUAACUAUUAUAUUGGUGUUUGGACGAUAUAUUGUCAUAGAAAUAAUAUUGCGAUAAUCGAUAUUAUUGUCAUUUUAGAAGAAGGAUAUAAUGAUAAUAUAAUAUCAUAUAACGUAUAGCUAUUUUUCUCACUACCAAAAAAUUAUAAAGGACAGUGUAUAAAUAAAUACGUUUUACGAUAAGUCGUAACUAACGUAGCUAUCGUAACUGGCCUACGACAAUGUGUACGAUUUUUUUAAUUUUAUGGGAGGAGCUUACAAAACGUUUUAAACAUCAGACCCACCUUUCCAGUACUACCAUUUUUUUUCUUCGUAAAUUAGUGGCUAUAUCUAUUUUUGUAAUCACGUACGAGAAAAAAAUAACGUACGAGACGAAUAGAAUGAUAUUAAUGAUUAAUAAAAAUCAAGCACUGUCGUUUUUUUUUUCUUUGAGAAUGUUGGAGAUCCAGGUGGAGCUCCAGUUUAUUUGAGGUUCAUUUCUCCAGGUUUCAGUUCGUCCUUUAGUUUAAUUGUGUUUAAUUUUCUCUCUCUUUUUUUCUUCUACGGCUCAAGUUUGAGGCCAGCACUGUUUUAAAGAUUAUGACACUUGAUUUUGAUAAUUUAAUGUAAUUUGAUGUAAUUUGAUGUGUUCUUUAGACGCUUCUCUGUUUUUAUCCCCUCAUUCCUCCGUUGUCGAGUGCUUUUGUUUUGUACUGUAGGUUCCAAAGUCUUCACUACUGUCAAGAUUCCCAUUUUUUGAUAAAGUUUUACAAAAGAACCUCAAA